AUGUUUGCCUGCAACAUGUUCGCCAUCAGCUGCAAUUCAAAUGACGCUUUAAAGCUUGGCAUUAUCGGCAAACAUAGUUUUAUUUAUAUCCAGUUCGCCGCCAAAAGCGUUGACGUAAAUUAUGAACAUAUUAGGACCGAGGAUGGAGCCCUAAGGAACAACGCUCUCAACCGCGACGUCUGUCGGCUGCUUGUCACUGACAUGGAUAGUUUGGGAGCAACUGCUUAG